GGCGUAGUUACUUCAAGUAAGCUAAUUAGACAGCAGUCAUCUUGCAACUGCACCUCGAACGCCUAAUCUUUCCAAUGCUUCGACCUGUCACUGUGGGCAUUGCCUUGCACGUCAUCCUCGUAGUCGAUCCAGCAUCCCUUUUGAACAGGCCACAGCCAUCAAGCCAAUGACGGCACUCGAUAAACAGGCAAUAUCUGUACCUUAUGUACAAGGGGCGGCCACUUAUAGUCCGCAGUUGAUUCCCAUUCAGCAAACACCUCAAGCCGCACAAGUCAGCGUUUCAGCACCUCCGAGUAUGGUACUGUUGAAAUGCAAGAAGACGAUCGCCUGUCUACACUGUAUGGAGCAGUGAUAUAUACCACUUCAACACUCCCCCGUGAUCAAUACAGGGAGGUUAACUGACGUAAUUAGCUUGCUAGCUCUCAGCCCCUAGCUCUCGGCAACUCUCUUGAGCACAAUUCAAAAUUAAGGGAAUACAGUUGCAGGCGCGGCUCGAACGUACCACGUUCGGCUGCUGCGUCG